CAGAACGAAGAAGUUGAAUAUCUGCCUGUGUUGACAGUAACGCUUUUCGUGUUUAAAGAGUAAUUUGAUUUAAACGGAUCACAUUGUGGUUUUUCGUGUGCUUUUUGUGAAUUAGGCGAGUAAUGUUGAAGAAAUUUUCGCUCGAUAUCCAGACUUUGUCCACUGCGUCUUCCAAACGAUCGAGUUAGAAGUGUUUUAACCAACAGAGGAAUCUGUACUUUUUUUUUAUCAAGAAACCAGAAAUCCAGCCAGAAUCUUGUCCAUUGGCAUUUCAAGUGGCUCUUGUUGAGGCGGACUGACUGAAGUGAAACCCAGUAGGCCCAGCUGAGAGCAAUCCAGGCAGGACACAAGAUGCCUCUGUUCUUCAGAAAGAAGAAACCUAGUGAUGACUCCCAGAAGAGACUUGAAUAUCAGCUGUGUCGGUCGAAGGAGGCGGGUGCUGAUGACAUCCUGGAUAUCUCAGCUUGUGAACUCUCAGAGGUUCCUUUAAGUGCCUUUUCCAUUUGCAAGGUUGUACAGAAGAAGGUAAGAAUAACACAGCUGAAGAGAUUAUACACAAUGUAUUUCCUAUGGCAGGUCCUCAUCAUACACAACAACAAGCUGAGAUCACUGCUUCCCAAAGGAGGUGACAUCGGCUCUCUCAUCACACUAAAGGUUUUGGAUUUGCAUGAAAAUCGGCUUAGUUCACUCCCAGAAGACAUCGGGAAGCUGGCCUCACUGCAGGUUUUAAAUGUGGAGAAGAAUCGUUUGAAAUUCCUUCCAGACUCCAUUGGGGACCUGAGGCACCUACAGACACUCAAUGUGAAAGGCAACUGUCUCAGUGAGCUGCCGUCGUCAGUGAGUUCUCUGUGCAGCUUGCGUACCCUGGACGUGAGCGACAACCUCAUCAUCCAGCUUCCCAAAACCUUUGCUUAUAUACGCACGCUGGAGAGCUUCACACUAGAUGCAGCCACAAUGACCUAUCCUCCUGCAUCUAUGUGCAUGGAAGGCACAGAGAGCAUCCAGAACUUCUUGUGUGCUGAGCUUGGAGAAGAGUAUUGCCCUCCAUCCCAGUAUCUCCUGCCAGUGCUGGAAAAUGACGGCGGGAGACAAAACUCAGACUGUGUGGAUGGCUUUGAUGAGUCCUGGCAGACUAAAUUCAGUGACUAUGAAAAGAGAAAGUUGCAGAAACAGGAGGAAAAGCUGGCAUUGGAGCGUCACAGAGAAGAGAAGCAAAACGAGCACACCCAGCUUCUCCUCAUGAACAACUCUCGUAAAGUAAACAUCCUCAACUCAGUUCGUCAGGAGCAGGAGCGUCUGGAGCAGGGGGUCAACAUGCAACAGCGAGCCCAGGAGACGGAGCGGCUCCUGCUGUUAGAAAAAGUGAGACAAGCAGAAGACAACAUCAGCAGUCGCAUUGGCAACAUGCUGUUGGAUGACAACAGGCAGAAAAAGAGCGCAGAGUUUCUCCAAGCCAUGGAGGAAGAUCGGAUCCGAAUGGAACAUUUGACUGCCAUCACGCAGGAAGAAGCUAACUCUCUGAGGAAGCGAGAGGUGGCCGCGGCCAUGCAGAAGAUGCUGUCAGACAGCUGUGCUGUGAGUCUCCUCCAAGAGGCUAGUGACUAUCGCAGAAAGAACCUGGUCUCUGAGACCUACAGAAGUAUGGAGAAUCUAGAGAAGAAGUUUGAUAAGAUGCUGUCUCUCCAGGUUCUAGACAAAUCUAAAGCCAUUUCUCACAUUUUACAGGAGGAGGAGAUGCAGAAAGCAGCAUUCCAGGCACUGCAGUUACAGAAAGAUUCCGUGCACGGUUACAUACGCAGCCAGAUCAAGCUCAUCGAGGGAGAAUUAAUGCAGCUGACAAAACUGGAAGUUAAAAGACGCAAUCUGGAUGCUGAGAACCUGCAGGAGGUGCUGGUGGAACAGCGCACGGCUCUUGGUGAUUUGCUGCAGCAGCUACUGAAACAGAAGCACCAGAGAGAGCAAGAACUGCAGCAAGUACUGGUGGAGAUGGAGCUCAAGUCGGAAUCCAACCAGCAGAACUACUGGAUGAUUCAGUACCAGAGACUGCUGGAUGCGAAGCCCUUGUCACUACGCAUGCAGGAAGCCGGCGUGGAAAAGGAGUUGGUGAAUCUGCUGUGUAAACUGUCUGCGCAGCAUUAUCUGCCCAUCAUGGCUCACCAUUGUGUAACAGCGGAGGCCCUUCGCCACAUGAACUCCUCUGACCUCAAGAAGCUUGGCAUUAUUGAAAUUGGCAUCCAGAAAGCUCUUCUGAAAUGGGCGAGGGAACACAAGCCUGAAGGUGCUUGUAAGGUGCUGGAGCAGAGCGAGGAGGCUGAAGUCACUCCCUCAGAGCCGUCCUCGUACCCCUCUCCAAUUCCCAGCACCUCUCACGUGCUGACCCCGAGCCCACCACUGACUCCUGGUACCCCCAUUACCCCAUCGGCCCCCAGCCCUGUGGAGGGACCAGGGAGCUCAGAGUGUGUGGUCUGCAUGGAGACUGCGGCCCAGGUCAUCUUUCUGCCAUGCGGCCAUGUCUGCUGCUGUCAGGUCUGUAGCGACGCCGUGCAGAACUGCCCCCUGUGUCGGAGCAACUCAUCCCAGCGCAUACGCAUAUACCGUAGCUAGAAACCACACGCGCCACUCUUAUUCCUGCAUGAUUACCAUGCUGCUGUGUAGAUGUGCUUUGCAAAAAUGCUGAUCAUCUCUCCUGCAUUAACCAAAAACCAUGUUCUAAUAUAUACAGUGGAACCCGUUUAUGUCGACGACACACUUACUCAUUAGCGGUUGUCAACAUAAGCAAAACUAUCCGUUCCUUGCACAUUUAUUUGUGACAUUAUCCAUAGACGUAAGGAGAAUGGAGAGAAUAAAGGAUUUUAGUUUGUGGGCUUGGUUUUCCUCCAUUUGUGCAUAUUUGGAUUUAGAUUCAUGUGUUUUCAUAUUAUGUGGUUAUUAUUAUUACCCUCUUUUCCAAAUAGGGCCACAUAGUAAAAUGAAAGGAUACAAAGGCCAUUUUGAUAAACGGCAUCUCGGUUUUGUGAUGCAGGUGAAAAAGCGUAAUGAACUUCAGUCUUUUCUCUUUGUUUUUUGUUUUUUGACAGUCUUUGUUUUUCCCCCGUUUUUGCUGUUGCUAUUUAAAUUUUCCAAAUAUUCCAACUUUCUUCUUAAACAAUAUUGCGUAAAUUUCCUUUUUGUAAUAUUUGACUUAAUUUCGAUAAUAUUACUUAAUAUUAUGUAUUAAUAUUAGAAUUAAUUAUUUGUAAUAUUAUUUAUUAUUAAUAAUGCUAUUAUUAUUAAUAUUAUUCCAUAAUAUUAACUUUUUCUCCAACCUAAUUUUCCCAAAAUGACGGCUUUAUUUUGUUUUGUUUGUUUCUCAUAUUGCGACUUUAAACAAAUAAAAUUUUUCUUUAAUAUUCAACUCUGUUACUGAAUUGACAUUCAUUAUUUCUGUCUGAUAAUAUUACAAGUUUAUGUUUGUAAAAUUGCGACUUUUAUCGUUGGAAUAUGACUUUUUUCUCUUAAUAUUUUUUUACCUUAUUUUUUGUAAAAUUGCAGAUGUUUUUCCCAUUUCUGCUGCUUUUUAAAAAUUUUUAAAACUAUUUCAACUUACUUCUUGGAAAUGUUCUUCUCAUGAUUUUAUGACUUUAGUCUCAUAAUAUAACUUUUUCCCCAACCUAAUUUUUCAAAAAUGACAACUUUUUGUUUUGUUCAUAAUAUUAUGACUCUAAAAAUUACAUAUAUAUUUUUUCUUUAAUAUUUCAAAGUUAUACUACUAAAUGAUGCUAUUUUUCUUCAUGAUAUUCCAAAGUUAUUCUUGUAAAAUUACUGCUGGUUUUUACAUUUUUGCAGUUUUUUUCAUUUAAAAAAUUUGAAUUGUGUUUUUGCAAUGUGCAGCAGGCCAAUAAAAAAACAGCCGCCGACCGCAAAUGGCCUUCGGGUCGCACUUUGGGCACCCCUGCUCUUAUCUAACAGCUGCUAUGGUAAUUUCACUCUAUUUCUUCACAACGACGACAAAGCUUGCGCACAUCUUUCUUCCAGUGGCUAACAAUAUAAAACAAUGAAAUUUUGCACUGAACAGGAAGUGACUGUGUGCACGUUUUCAUGCUGUGUAACUAGACCAGGGGUCGGCAGCCUGCGGCAACCGGAGCUGCAUGCGGCUGUUCAGCCUACUUGUUGCGACUCCCUUUGCUGAGCUCAGUGAUUUUUUUUUUUAAGCACUGAAGUAGGGUUAAUAUGCAUUUUCGAAAAGAAUGUGAAAUAUUGGACUCACUGCAAGUCUGUGAAUGGAGCUAGACUGCGUUCUUGGCUGCUGAUUGGAUGAGCAAGGGAAGGGGAGGUAGGCUAGUGUAUGCAGCGAGUCUCACUGCAGAGGAAAAAAGGUGAGGGAGUUUGAAGUUGAGUCUGAAGUCUGAUUCAGAAAAUGAAAGAAUGCCUCCCAUAUGGAAAGACAGUCAAGGAUAGGAUCAAUAGAAUGGUUAUUGAUGACAAGACAACUCAGCGCAGGCAUAAACGCUAUCGAGAAAACACCCACAUGCAGAAAUGUGAACUCUGAUGAGCUUUUAUGUUAAAGUGGUUACGAUUGAAUGAUUUCAGAAAAAAAAAAAAAAAAAAAAAAAAAAAAAAAAAUGAAUGAUUUCAGAGUAGGCCUACACAUGCACGCUGCACUUUUGUUUGUUGAAUUUUCUUGUUGUAACAGGUAACAUUUUUUAAAAAUAUGACAACUUUGAUAAGUUUAUAAGCUGUGGAAUAUUUUGCUAUUUUUUUAAGAAGAGGCAAAAUGGCUCUUCUGAUGCUAAAGGUUGCUGACCCCUGAACUAGACGGUAGUCACGCUGCUUAAGGUGGAGUUACAUCCUGACGUACGUGCUGGCAUCGUGCAAAAAUGGGUAAAAUCGCAAGAGACACGCACUUGGCCCGCCCCAAAGCCCGUAGGAAGAAAAUCGGGAUGCAAAUAAUUUUCUGCUUGCACACAGAAAAACCUUGCAUGCUGCCGGGUCGCAAGGGCAAGGCAGCGGAGGAGUGCGUGACCCUUGCGUGUCACAAGUUUAAAUAUACAUUUCCCGGCCACAGCAGCGGCUCCUCCCGCAGCGGGCGAUUCCUCCACUCCUCAUACUCUGGUUCUCCCGACCUUUGUGGAAUGACGCCCACACACGUACGUCAGCCUUCCAUGAAGCGCACCUAGCACACACGAGUUGCACGCCGCAACCUAAAAGCUACCAAUUUGGCAAGCGGCAAGCACGUGGGUGUCACGACUCACUUGCUUCAUAAGCAUAGCACACUUGCAACCCCUCUGAUACCCUACUUCCUCUACGUGCUUACCUCGGCCAACAAAUUUCCCAAAAAUUGAGGGGCCAGUGCGCGUGUUAACACGUACGUCGGGAUGUAACUCUCGCUUAAGCGAUAACCAUGAAAUUAAUAAUACUACAACACAUUUUUCAUAGAAACAACGGUGUUAUUUUAGUGUGUUGGUGUCAACUUAAGCAGGUACUGGACCAGGAUUUGAUGAGUUGGUCCACAGGGACAGUGUGUCGAUAUAAACGGGUUCACUGCAAUUAUGCAAAUUCAUUGAGCAGCACUCUAUAGCUCGUUUUGUUUCAUUCAUGAAAAUUUCAGUAUUUAAACUAGUUUUGAAAUGACAUCACUCUAUCAUGUUUGAAAUGGACUUGUUUUUGUAUUUUUUACCUUUGUUCACAUUCUUAGGGGCAUCCAUGUACAUUUCACUCUUAUGCGACAAUAAGGGAAUGUCAUAUUUCAAGUUGACUUUCCAGGGUUGUGGAGCUGUGGUCCAGCUCUACACUCUCUGCAGGGUCCUUGAGGUAGCAUGGGAGUUUGCCCAACCAGUUUGCAUGUUUUUUGUGGAGUUGGUAAAGGCAUUGUUCCUGGAGGGGUCCUGUCGGGGUUGCCCUGGGAGUAUGGGGUAUCGGAUGCUCCCUGUAUGACCGGUGUCAGAGCUUGGUCCACAUUGCUGGCAAUAAGGCGGUCUUGUUUUCAGUGAGGAUCGGACCCCGUCGUCACCGAUUCUGUUCAUACCCUUUGUGGACAAAAUUUGUAAGUGCAACCAGGCCAGUUGAGGGGAUCCGGUUUGGUGGCUGCAGGAUUGGGUCUCUCUGUGGUCCAGCAGCCUUCAUCGGGCCGUGGUCGGAGUUCAUGGGUCUCGCCCGUAUAAGGUCGGGGAUGAGAACCUGCCCCAAGUGGAGGAGUUUAAGCACCUUGGGGUCUUGUUCACCAGUGAGGGAAGGAUGGAUCGCAACAUUGUGCGGCGUCUGCAGUGAUGUGGACUCUGCAUUUGUCCGUUGCGGUGAAGAGGGAGCCGAGCCAAAAGUCAAAGCUCUCACUUUACCAGUGGAUCUAUGUUCCGACCCUCACCGAUAGUCAUGAGCUUUGGGUAAUAACCGAAAGCACAAGAUCGCAGGUACAGUCGGCCGAAAUGAGUUUCCUUCAUUUGGUAGCUGGACUGUCUUAGAGAGAGGGUAAGGAGCUCUGUCAUCCGGGUGAAACUCGGAGUACAGCCGCUGCUCCUCCACAUUAAGAGGAGCCAGAUGAGGUGGCUCGCACAUCUGCUCACGAUGCCUCCAGGACGCCUCCCUUUGGAGGUCUUCAGGGCACAUCCGACUCCUAGGAGGCCUCGGGGAAGACCCAGGACACGCUGGAGAGACUGUGUGUCUCAACUGGCCUGGGAACGCCUCUUGAUCCGAGCUGGACGAAGUAGCCGGGGAGAGGGAAGUCUGGGCUUCCCUGCUUAGGUUGAUAACCCUGGCAACCCAACCCUCGGUAAGCAGAUAAAAAUGGGUGCCAGUUGGCUUUUCUAAACGUGCUCAAUUUGGGACUUAUUUAUACACGAUUAUUAGUGUGUAAUGGUGAAUCGUAUAAUUCUAUUUGGAAAAGGUAACUUAUAGACAUGAACUGUGUGUACUUCUGUUGUCUGCUAUUGCUGGAAAUGAAUGUCAGAGUGAAUAUUUAUAUUAUUAACUAACCAUCAUACACAUUUGGAAAUAAAACUGAGACCUUACGAUGGCUUUUAAGCUUACGGCUGUUAAGUGCUUAAGCGUGUUACAGUAUAUUAUAUAUUAUAUUGUCCUCCUGAAGAAAAUUUAAGUCCUUUCACCAACUGUGGUGGAGAAUUGCGUGACCCACCAGCCUUCUCCAUUUGUUUUCUUUGACCACUAUGCUGUAUCUGUGUAUUUACUGUAUACUCUGUUUAACUAACAACACCUGUUUGUGGCCACCACUCAUGCAUUUCUAAGUGCUCUUACAUACACAACACAUGAUAUUUCGGUGUAAUACAAAACACACGUCACCUUCUUGUACUCAAUGUGUGAUCAAUGUAAAUAUUAAUGUUGCAUGGGAAAUGUAUACUGAAAUAUACAUUUGGAGAAGUUGACGCUGAUGCGUAACAUAAAUAAAAUAUGAAGAUGGCUUGUGGAGUUUUCUUAUAAACAACAAAGGCUGCGUGGUUUGCACUGUAAUCAUUAUACCUAAGUAUACAUGCAAGUAAACAAAUGUAAUGUAAAAAUGAAAUAAACACUGGAAAACCAAUUAUAUAAA